GAAACGAAACGACGGCCAUUUUGCCUUUCUUAACACCGAGAGGUUUCAGCUCGGUUAAUUCAUCAUGAGCUCGUUAAAACUUCAAAAGAGGCUUGCUGCCUCGGUGAUGCGAUGCGGCAAGAAAAAGGUCUGGUUGGAUCCUAAUGAAAUCAACGAGAUUGCCAAUACCAAUUCUCGUCAAAACAUUAGAAAACUUAUCAAGGAUGGUUUAAUCAUCAAAAAACCCGUAGCUGUCCAUUCACGUGCUCGAGUCCGUAAAAAUACUGAAGCUAGACGUAAAGGACGUCAUUGCGGUUUCGGUAAAAGAAAAGGUACAGCUAAUGCUCGUACUCCUCGAAAGGACUUAUGGGUUCAAAAAAUGAGAGUUCUUCGACGUCUGUUGAAAAAGUACAGAGAAACGAAAAAAAUCGACAGACAUUUGUACCAUUCACUUUACAUGAAAGCUAAGGGUAACGUUUUCAAAAACAAGAGAGUUUUGAUGGAAUUCAUUCACAAGAAGAAAGCUGAAAAAGCUAGAGCUGAAAUGCUUUCUGAUCAAGCUGAAGCACGUCGUACUAAGGUACGUGAAGCCCGUAAACGACGAGCGGAGAGAAUUGCUGCUAAAAAACAAGAACUUUUGCAAUCUUAUCAAAGAGAGGAUGAAGCUGCAGCGCAGAAAAAGUAAACUAUUUGUUUAAUUAUAUAAAUAAACUUUACUAAAAUUCCAAUCA